AUGGGCGCUGCAGGCGCCUACUGCUUUGCAUCAUCGGUCCGACACAUCAACACCCCACGGCGGGGAGGAGCCUUGCAAGUUGCGCCGCGUCCUAGAGGCACAAUAGGGGACAUAGCGAGGAGGGAUAGGGACAGGAGCGAAGAAGUGCUCCGGGAAGCACAGCAGCAAGAGGAGGCUCGUCAGCAUGGGUCGGACCCGAUGAAGGUUAGCCUUGGCAGCGGGGGGCUCCAUGUUUGUCGGGUCAUCAAUGGUUUGUGUCAGGGCCCGCUCGACGACACGUCCGGCGACCCAACGGACGCGCUCCGCUCCAUGGAUCGACUGGCGGAAAUGGGUCUAACGACGUUCAUGCUGGGGAACGGAGCCGGGGGCGGGAGAGCGCUGGCGGAGAGUCGGGCGGGUUCCUACCUCAAGUCGGCUGCCGGGUCGGCUAGCGGAGAACAAGAGGUCAGGUUUCUGAACACGCUAAGGCUGAGGCGAGGCGUGCCGGUGACGAGGAAGAGCGUGAAGUCGGCGCUGGAGCUGUCGCUCCGCAGGAUGGGGGUGGAGCGGUUGGACCUGGUGCAGCUGUGCUGGCGCGAUUUCGAGGAUCGAUACUUCCUGGAUGCGCUCUACUACCUAGAAGAGUUGGAGUGGGUUUCCAAUGUUGGCGUGUGCGGGUUCCCGGGGGAACCGUUGGCCCUUGCAGCCAAAAACGGUUUCACGGUGGUUUCGAAUUUGUGUCGGGAGCAAGGGGUGGCCCUGAUAGCGUCAGGCGCCUCGCUCGGGGGGUUCGCAGCUGAAGAGUGGCUCUACCGCCCCCCCCCCUCGGUGUCUAACGAGGAAGAGCUGCUUCUGGCCUCUCGACAGGCUUUGUCCGAUAUUCUCGCUUGGGGGAGGAGCAACGGCAACGCCCGUCUCGACGGCGACCCAUGGGCCUUGUACCAGAACAGACUUCUACCCGAGCUGCAGGCCGUCGCUCGCAAGCACGGCGGCGGAAUCUCCCCCGCUGACGUCGCGACCGCCUUUCACCUCUACAGGAGACCCGUUCCUCCCUUCGGAUCAAGCAGGACCGAUCCUGGGACCGCCUCCGAAACACAAGCCGUCAAUUCAGCGGCGGCGGUAUCGUUGCCGGUUCGGGUGAACUCUGCCGGGAGCGUGUCCGCGAGGAGGGCGGCGGAGGCAGACGAGGAUCGGGUGGCCGGCCGCCGUGGCGCCGAGCUAGCCAACGCGCUUGACCCCGAAGACAUCCAGCGCAUCGCGGCGGCGGUUGGAGCUGGGAGCGAGAGGGAGGCCAUCGAAGUAGGGGGUGCGGUUGGGUGGGAGGACGAGCAGCUCUUGGGAGGUGCCGAGGGGGAAGAGGAGGGGGCGUUGUGGGCUGAACAAGGGGUUGGUUUGGAGGGGCCGACGAUUUUCCUGUGAUGGGAAACAAGUUUCCCGUAAGGUCUUGAAUCAAACGGAUACUGUCC